AUGAUUGGCGUUACCCGAAAGACGGCACGAGCGAUGCUCAGCCGGGGAGUCAAUGCUACUGCCAGUGUCCGAACUCACAUGCACUUUAAAUUCCAGCCGGACGAUGCUCCAGCAGAGCUGGGAGCUACGGAAAAGACUAAUAUGUGCAACGCAAUCAAAAGCGCUAUCGAUAUCCAGCUCGCUCGGGAUGAAUCCACUAUCGUUUUCGGUGAAGAUGUUAAAUUCGGUGGCGUCUUCCGUUGCACUGAUGGCUUGAUGGACAAGUAUGGAUCGGACAGAGUGUUCAACAGCCCUCUUUGCGAACAGGGAAUCGCCGGCUUCGGCAUUGGUGCCGCCGUCGCUGGAGCUUGCACUAUCGCAGAGAUUCAGUUUGCUGACUACAUUUUCCCCGCUUUUGACCAGAUCGUUAACGAAGCUGCUAAAUAUCGAUACCGAUCUGGAAAUGAAUUUGACUGUGGCAAGCUCACUAUCCGAUCUCCAUGCGCUGCUGUCGGACACGGUGCUCACUACCACUCACAGUCUCCUGAAGCUUACUUUGCUCAUACACCCGGACUCAAAGUAUGCGUCCCUCGAUCGCCAAUUCAGGCUAAGGGUCUUCUCCUUUCUGCUUUCGAAGAUGACAACCCAUGCAUUGUUUUUGAACCAAAAAUCCUCUACCGAGCUGCCGAGGAGCAAGUCCCUGUUGGACACUACAAGAUUCCUCUUGGAAAGGCAGACGUUCUCAGAGAAGGAACUGACAUGACCAUGCUCUCUUGGGGCACUCAAAUUCACGUCGUUCGAGAGGUCGCUAGCAUCGUGGAAGAAGAGCUCGGUAUCUCCAUCGAGGUGAUUGAUCUUGUCUCAAUUCUUCCAUGGGAUCGCGAAACCGUUUGCAACUCUGUCAGUAAGACCGGUCGAUGCAUUAUCACUCACGAAGCUCCAAUCACCUGUGGAUUCGGUGCUGAACUCCAAGCUACCAUCACAAGCGAGUGCUUCUUCGACCUUGAAGCUCCGCCACAGCGUGUCUGUGGACUUGACACUCCUUUCCCCCACGUCCACGAGCCUCUCUACAUGCCAACCAAGUGGAAGCUCAUCCAGGCUGUCAAGGAAGUCAUGGACGCUUAA